CUCUCUCUCUUAAUCACUAUGGUGUUUAUAACUUGGGAGACCCAAAAUUCUUAUUUUCAUGCUAAUUUUCCUCUAUGGUUUUAGGCACUUUUUGGUUUUUGAAAUGAGAGAAAAUGGAUUUUUGAAUGAAUGAAAUUUAACUAGUUCACUCCUUGCUUAGCUGAAGGUCUCAAUAUGUUUUGAUGUGGUUUUUGCUCUAUCUGGUUCCUUGAAAUCACUCUCAUAUUCUCAAGCAUUUCUGACUUUGUUUUUUUAUUUUUUAUUUUUUUAAUUUAUAAUUAUUUCCUCCCUCUCAUAUUUGUAAUUCAAUUUAAUAUGAAAGUCCUCUUUUUGUGAUUUAUUCCCUUUUUAAAAAAAAAUUAAAAAAAUCUAAUAUGUAGAGGUGAACAAAUUAUUAAAUAAGAUUAAGAUGAUUUAGAGAAUAUUUAAGGUUAAGGGAAAAGGGAGAUGGGAGUAGAGGUAUUAAUAUCAUAUAGUUGGGACUAAAACCAAAAGUUUAAGCUUUUAGGUGAAGCAGUUUCCCUAAGAUGUUAUAUCCUCAACACAAAAGAAUUUGAUGCUUGAUGGCACUCAUUUUGUUCACAAGUUUUUGGUCAAGGUAAGCAAAUAGUGAAUUGGCCAACCCAUACAGAUAUCCAAAGAGUGUGCCAAUGUAUGACCACAUUGAUAUGAAUUUUUUUUGUGUGUGUGUGUGUGUGUGUGUGUGUGGAAAAAGUAUUUCUAGUGUAGUAGUAUGGUGUCUUAGAAAUAGUCAAGCAAAUCUUAAGUCUCUGUUUUGUUUCCCCAUUUGAAUAUCUCCUCCAGUUCAUGAUGCAAGCAUUAUUUUUAUGAGUAUCUAAAAAUUUAUGUGCAACCUCAGUCUGGAAAAUAAGACCCAGAAAGUGGACUCAGUUUUGGCUUCAAUGGAAACUUUACUUUCUGAAUAUUAUUAUUGAAUCUUUAAGGAGUUUUCUCAUAUAUGUGAAAUGGAUAUGCUACUGAACCUGAUGUAUUGAUAUUUUUACUUCUUAUUUCCUCUUGUUGAGAGAAACGAAUGCAUUGUGGUUUCUAUUCCAGACCCUUCAUAUAUGUCUAGUUUUGAUUUUAUGCCUAUAGAACUUGUAAGCUUAGUUGGGUCUGCUUUACCAGCCCUCUUUCUGGAGCUGGAAUUACACCCAUAUCUGCAUAAUUAUAUGCAUGUCAUUUAUGCUUUCAUUAGCUUUGUGAAAUUUUAUUGAGAUUUUAAGAGUUAUCCUUUGUCCUUAUUUUGCUAUCCUUAUUGCCUGAUUUGUUAAUGUCCUUGCAGGUUACCAAAUUGAGUUGCAAAAAUGGCAGAUGGGCCACAACUUCCAUCUGUAAUCCAGAAGAUAAGAGUGCAACCUUACCUCUCCAUCACGCACUUUCCUAACCAUCAAGCCUGGACUUCAAGCUUGCAAAACAUUCCCAGUGCUGGUGGAUAUGCGAUCGACAGAUUGCACAAAACAUUGCUCCCAGCAAAUGCUGGCUCUGCCUCCUAUCUUGCUUCACCUCUGCUUCCAGUAUUUGUAAGAGCUCCACUGGAAAAGCCUGAGUCUGCCUCUCGAACUAGGUUAGUUUAUGGAUCAUUCCAUGUUCUUUUUGGGGUGCUAAUUGCUCCAAUUGGGAGAGUGAAACUCCUGAUCCAGUGCCAAGAUGAGAUGAUCAAGUCAGGUAGACUACCUAAGCCUUAUAAAGGAAUUGUGAACUGCUUCGGCAGAACAAUCAGUAAUGAAGGCUUCAUAUCCCUUUGGAGAGGCUACAUCCCUGGUGUCAUCAGCGACGUUUCCUUCAGAGUAAUACGCUUUGGCCUUGACAACUAUUUUCUGACUUUAACCAAUUUCAAGAAAGACAAAGAUGGCUACUGGAAGUGGUUACUCGGAGGCUUGGCAGGAGGACUUUUUGCCAAUUUAGCAACUCAUUUUGUUGUUUAUCCCCUGGAUUAUGCCCAGACUCGCCUAGCCAAUGAUAUCAAGACAAGCAAUAAGAUUGAAGAAAGGCAAUUCAAAGGUUUGAUUGAUGUCUACAAAAAAACUAUAAGAUCAGAUGGCAUUGCUGGACUGUACCGUGGAUUUGCUAUCUCAUGUUGUAAAAGCUUAUUAAGUAAUGGGGUCUACUUUGGCAUACAUGUUUUCUUCAGGCCGUUUAUGUUACUCAGGGUCCGGUCACAGGAUGACUUCUUGGCUGCAUCAGUAAUGGCAGUGGGAGUUGCAGUUUGUCAAAAGAUGGCAACUUACCCAUUGGACACUGUACAAAGGAGGAUGAUGAUGACCUCUGGAGAAGUUGUUAAGUAUCAGAGUUCAAUACAUGCAUUUGCAGAGAUUAUCAGGAAUGAGGGUGUUAAGUCCCUUUAUAAGGGUGGAGGUGCAUGCAUCCUCGAAAAAAUAACUUUAUCUGUUAUUUUGACUGUUUUUGUCACAAGAAUGCAGAAUUUUUUGUACACAACGAAGUCUAAUUCUGCUGCUGAUAGUGUGUCUGCAAAGAGGAAUGGAUCGGCUGGUGGUGGUCAAUCUGCAUCAACUCUCGCCAUUAAAUGGACUUAUGGAAAGGACUAGGGGCAACGGUGAUGGAAGCCCACACAGAAAUUUCUCUUCUGAGGGGAACAAUGAUUUAGAUUUUCUUUACGAUUAGAGUUCAGUUGACAGUCUGAGAAAGGUCUUCUGUAAUAUAAUAUUAUAGGGAGUAAAACAAUAGUACUUAGGUUUAUGAUAUCACGAAACCACAAGAUGGAAAAACUUUAUUUUCAUUAAUUAGAAUCAAUGAGUACAAGCUGUAUAUUUACAAGCA